AUUAAAUAAAAAUACUUCCUAUUUUAAAAUAUUUAGAAGAAUACUUUAACAUGGUGCUUAGCGAUCUUAUUGGUAUUUGACAGUAUCGGAACACACACGUUUGUGAUUUUUGUAUACACACGGUAUGAAAUAGUUGACGUACACACAGUCGCAGUGUGUACAUAAAAUUCAAACCCAAAAUUAAGCGGUCGCCACCUGUGGGAUUGGCUUUCCACGUUUAACGUUAUGGGAGAGCAGGCUUUGCGUGUAUUGGCCUGUGGAGACGUGGAAGGAAGAAUUAAUGCUUUAUUCAACCGCGUCAGGACCAUUCAGAAGAAGAGCGGACAGUUUGAUUUGCUGCUCUGUGUUGGAGAUUUCUUUGGCUCGUCUGCGGAGGCUCAAGCAGAGUGGGAAGAGUAUAAAUCGGGCGCUAAGAAAGCCCCCAUCCACACUUAUGUGCUUGGGGCAGCAAGCCAUGAAACGGCCAAGUUUUUCCCCAGUGCGGAUGGAUGCGAGUUGGCUGACAAUAUCAUCUAUCUGGGCCGCAGGGGGAUCUUCACUGGCGCCUCGGGGCUCCAGAUCGCCUACGUGAGCGGGCGGGAAGGCCGGCAGGAGCCCGCGCCGUCCCACUGCUUCUCCCCCAAAGAUCUGUCCGCCCUGGUCGAGCCCCUGGUGUGCAGCUCCAAGUUUAAAGGGGUGGACAUCCUGCUCACGUCUCAGUGGCCUCAUGGUGUCUGGCAGUACGGCAACAACCCUGAAGUGGAUCCAAGGUAUUGUGGCGUGUCCUCUAUCGCCAGCCUGGCGUACCAGCUGAAGCCGCGCUAUCACUUCGCAGGUGUGGAGGGAGUCAACUAUGAGAGGCUGCCUUACAGGAACCACCUGGUCCUCCAGGAGAACGCUCAGCACGUUAGCCGAUUCAUUGCACUCGCUACAGUCAACAAUCUGGCCAAAAAGAAGUAUCUAUAUGCUUUCAACAUCGUUCCCAUGAAGAACAUGGACCCUGCAGAGCUAGUUAAGCAACCCCAGGACGUCACAGAGAACCCUUACAGGAGGCCUGCCAAGGAUGGACAGAAACCCAUCCAUUCAGCAGAGGAGGAGCCAGCGUCUCAGUUUUUCUUUGACCUGAAGAAGAAGCCACAGUAUCAGCACCACCGUCAGCACCAGGGGCAUCGGGGUAACCAUGGCAACCAGGGGGGGCAGGGGUAUCAAGGUCAGGGUCAGGGCCAGGGCCAUCUGGGGGGGCUGGGGGGGCUGGGGGGGCAGGAGCAGGGCAGGAAGAGGCAGUCGGAUGGAGAAGGCUUUCCAGAUGGACGGCAUCAGCAGCAGCCCAAACAGCCACGAAAGCCCCCUCAGCCCACCGGGCCCUGCUGGUUCUGCCUGGCCAGCCCACAGGUGGAGAAACACCUGGUGGUCAGCAUCGGCACACACUGUUAUGUGGCCCUGGCGAAAGGCUGCCUGACUGAAGACCACCUGUUGGUGCUGCCCAUCGGGCACUACCAGUCUGUGGUGGAGCUGGCGUCAGAGGUGGUGGAGGAGCUGGAGAAGUACAAGGGCGCCGUGCGCAAGUUCUACAAGAGCCUCGGCAAGCGCUGCGUGCUCUUCGAGAGGAACUACCGCAGCCAGCACCUCCAGCUGCAGGCAGUCCCAGUGCCGCUGGAUAAAUGUGCCACGGAGGACCUGAAAGAAGCCUUCAUGGUGCAGGCAGAGGAGCAGCAAAUCGAGCUGAUGGAGAUUCCAGAACACACCGAUCUGAAGCAGAUUGCCCCUCCUGGGACUCCGUACUUUUAUGUGGAGCUGGACUCAGGAGAGAAGCUCUUCUACAGGAUUAAGAAGAACUUCCCGCUGCAGUUCGGACGAGAGGUGUUGGCCAGUGAGGCUGUGUUGAACAUCCCAACGCGGGCCGACUGGAAAGACUGUAAAUACACACGAGAGGAAGAGGUGGAGCUGACCAAACAGGUCCGCAGCCAGUUCCAGCUGUUUGACUUCACCAUGGAGGACUGACCGACCGACCGACUGCCCAUCAUCUCACGACACGACAUGACACGGACUCCACCCACUUCGCUCGCUGCCCCGCCCUCGCUUCUUCUCCAACAGGAUCCUGGAGGUCUCCGCUGAGAAAGACUCUCUUUUCUAUUUUUUACUACAGAGGAUUGACCAGUCCAGCGCACACACUGACCUCUGGCACACGUCCUCCCUCGGUGUUGAUCUCUGAGAAAGAGACGUUGCCUGGCCUCAGCCUCUCUCUGAGGUGUUUUACUUCUCUUCAUGACCUUGGGCUGACCUUUCUUCUUUCUCCUCUUUUUUUAUUUUGGUGGGGGUGGGGGGCGUAUUGAGGUAUGCGUGUUCUAUAUUCCCCCAUCUUUCUGCCACCCCCAUCUAUCAAAAAUGAUUUUUCACUGUCCUUGAAUAAAAGACGAUCAGCGUAGAGGAUUGGCCAACACACAAAGGCGGACUUCCUUCUUCUUUCUUCCUCCUUCCUUCUGUCCUUCCUCCCCAUGCCCUACUACUCCCCAUGCCCUACUACAACAAAGUUGACAACACCACCACUCUUGAUGAUUUUAAGCACUUCUGAUUAAAGACACCCAAUUUGGAACAGGCUACGUUCUAUGUUCUAUGCUUCAGUUAAACGGUUCGACAUUUGUGGUUCCACCUGCUGUGGAUCCAGCAAAGGCCCUGAUGACCUUAGUCUUGUGUGUUGGAGUAAAAGAAGGCAGAACGUGUGUGUGUGUGUGUGUGUGCACGCACGUGUGUGUGUAUGUGCGUAUCAAGACUGGGAACCAUUGAGACAUUUCAGUUCUUUAAAAAACCUUUGAAGUUUGCCUACAAGAAGGAUCCAAAAGCUGCCGUCUUCAGAAAACUGGGUGCCAUCUUUACCCAUAUGAGGAAAUCUAGGUGCCAUCUUUGCCCAUAUAAGGAGAUCCGGAUCUCAUCAUUUAGGCAAAGAUGGCAGCUUUGGGUCCUUUUUGUAGGCGAACUUCAGAGAGGUCAGCAGGAUUAUUUUAGACUUCAGAUAGUCGACGGAAAGGGCUGGCGCCUGAACUGUACAGGAUCUGUCAGUGGGUCCUGCCAGUGAGAUGAAUUUCUUAUCUUUCUUUUCUGUUUCUCUUUCUCACUCUCAUUGGGGUUGUUUUUUUUCCAUUUGUUUGUUUUUUAUUGAAUGGGAGAAAAUAAAUGAGGUGGAUUGGAAUCUUUCUGGUUCUUUCAACUCCAGAGUUUCCUGUUUUACAGUGUUUAGGCUACAAGGUCAAAAGGUCGAAUACAGGACUGUUUGGGAUGGGGGGUUGGGGCAUUGAGGUUAGGGCAUUGAGGUGUAGUAGAGUUGUUCUGUCCUUAAUACAGCAAUUUGUCUGAGGAGGAAAUCCGUUUCCCUAAAAAUAAUUGUACUCACUGACAGUCACUACACAAUCAACCAGCCAAUUUUUUUUUUGUCAUUUUUCUAUUCUGGAGGCAGUUGUUUUUAUCAGGCUUUUCUUGGUUUUAAACUUACUUUUGAGGUGUCGGCAUUCACAUCCUUUUUGUUGUUUAGUAAGACUGUAUAAGGGUUUUGUACAUUUUCUUCAUUAAAACACCUCUUUGAAUGUACUGUA